CCUUCCAACCACGUGCUUUUUAUUUUUAGCAACCAAAUCUUGCACACACGUUUGCGUCACUCUUAUACAUUCAACAAUGAAUGCUUACAAAUUACAAUUCCUCCCUCCUCCUAUAUAUAGAAUCCUCUGUUUCACACGCUUCCUCAUACACUCCGUUUUUGCUCUGUUUCUCUCUUCUUUUUCUCUCUACUUCUUCUCCCAGUCCAAGAAAUUUCAAAGACUUGUACUCAGAACCCUUUUGAUUUUCUGGUUAUGGAUUGGGUUCGAGGUGAAAAAUUGGGUCAGGGGAGUUUUGCUACUGUGAGUUUGGCGGUUCCCAGAGGCCGGAGUUCUUUUCUUCCGCCGUUGAUGGCUGUGAAGUCUUGUGGGGUUUCUCACUCUUCCUCUCUUGUGAACGAGAGACUUGUUUUGGAGGAGCUUAGGGACUGCCCCGAAAUUAUUCGAUGCUUUGGCGAGAACUUUUCGUAUGAAAACGGGGAGAGGUUGUAUAAUGUGUUGUUGGAGUAUGCUUCCGGCGGGUCUUUGGCUGAUAAGCUCAAGAAAUCCGGCGAUCGGGGGCUGCCGGAAUCUGAUGUUAGGCAGUACACUAAGUCUUUACUCAAAGGGCUUCGCUAUAUUCACAAGGUUGGGUUCGUUCACUGUGAUAUUAAGCUUCAGAAUAUUCUCUUAGGUCCCAACGGCGGCGUAAAGAUUGCUGAUUUCGGGCUGGCGAAGCGGGUUGGGAAGAAGAGCGCUGUUCCCCGGUGCGAGUUGAGGGGAACGCCCAUGUACAUGUCGCCGGAGAUGGUCGGCGCCGGCGAACAGGGGGCGCCGGCGGAUAUUUGGGCCCUCGGGUGCGUGGUGGCGGAGAUGGUAGCCGGAGCUCCGGCGUGGAGUUCUUCCAACGUGGCGGGACUGUUAAUGAGGAUUGGAGUUGGUGAGGAGGUGCCUGCGAUUCCAGGAAUUCUGUCAGAGGAAGGAAAAGAUUUUCUUGGGAAAUGCUUUGUCAAGAACCCAAGCAAAAGAUGGACGGCUGAGAUGCUUCUAAAUCACCCCUUCGUUAGUGAUCAAGAUCUUGACGAUGCCGCGUUGAAGGACAGACUGACAAACACAGCCUCAACUUCUCCGAGAUGCCCAUUCGAUUUCCCAGAUUGGGUGUCAUCAGCUACAUGUUCAAUUACAUCUUUGCCCUCACCGGCACACUUUCCGGAAUCUGGCCUAUGGUUCUGCGAGGAGUCCAAUUUUAGAAAGGAGUCGUGGUCCAUUUCCCCGGCGGAACGGCUGCAGGGGUUAGUCAGUGAACAAAGUCCUCAUUGGUCCGUUUCCGAUGAUUGGGUCACUAUUAGGUGACGGAAUCAAACAUUUAGUCAAUUAUCAGAUUUUUUGAAGAUUUUCUUCUCUGGGCACUGGUUUUUUUUCCCCUUAGAUUUUUAUUUUAAUGGAAUAGGGUUUUUGUGUACAUGAAAGAAUUAGAGAGAGAAUUAUUAGCAUCUGACUCGAAAAAGGCUUCGAAAUCCUGAGCCGCAGAGUGUACAGUACAGUUAUACCUCAGUAAAAAGGUUAUACAUUCUUUUGAUUAAAUCUUUUUUCAUUUUUUGGGUUUAUUAAAAUGUGGUGUUGGGAAAAGGAAGAAGGCAGUGGUUGUUGGACGUGUUAGGCAACAGAACAGAGAUGACUGCUGAUAUUUUGCCCAAUUGCCCACUGAAACUGAUGAUGUUUUCAGAUUCUGGGCCUCUGCUUCUGUUUGUUGCAACUUGCCACCACCAAUAGCACACUAAAUCAGGAUCCCACAUCCCUAAAAUAAUUAUCCAUCAACUUGGAUAUUUCUCUUGUUAU